CGCACCUUCACGACAAUCGGGAUGUGUAGGGAUGUGUCGAGCCUUUAUCUCCUAUGCGUAUCGCCGUUCUACUGGAAUUUUCCGCGAUUCUUUCCAUUGUCUAUGCGUCUGCAGGGGAUCGAGCUCAAGAGUUUCAGCGGUGCUCGUUUCUAUGCGACAAUCGUGAAUGCAAAGGUCCUUCCCCGACGCCCCUACCACUUGCACUUAGGAUCACAAGAUGGACUUGCCUGGACAACUGCAGGUAUAACUGCAUGCAUGAAAUCACCUCCCAGUCGAUUGCUGCUGGUAAACAACCGUUGCAAUAUUACGGUAAAUGGCCAUUCGUACGCGUCGCUGGCAUGCAGGAGCCCUGUAGCGUAUUAUUCUCGCUGCUAAAUUUAUGGGUACAUAUUCAAGGAUACUCGAAAAUUCGAAGAAUCAUACCUCGCGCGCAUCCUCUGAAAGGAUUCUAUCUGAUCUGGUCAAUUGCAAGUAUGAAUACCUGGAUCUGGUCUGCAGUUUUUCAUACUCGAGAUACGCCAUUGACUGAGAAGUUGGACUACUUUUCCGCAGCCUUAACCAUUCUGACUGCAUUGUACUUCACUGUGAUCCGUUUCUUCCAUCUCUACACGCCUUCGACGUCCGAGCGAGCUUCUCCUGCAAGGAUCAUUGUCCUCCGAAUUUGGACCAUCAUCUGCAUUCUUGCCUUCAUCGGACAUAUCCUUUACCUCUCGCUUCCCCCCCGGUUCGACUAUCAGUACAACAUUAUUUUCAACCUCGUUCUCGGCCUCAGUCAUAACGCGUUGUGGUUACUCUAUUCCUUACCAGCAUCGAUCUCCUUGCUAAAGCGAUUUCCAAAUCGUCCAAAAAGCUAUCGUCCACGCGUCGCGGGUAGGGCUGCACUUCUAGUGAUUCUAACUACUGCGGCUACAGCUUUCGAGCUUUUCGAUUUUCCUCCGUGGAGAAAAGCCCUUGAUGCUCACGCAUUAUGGCAUCUUGCCACCGCACCGAUUACUUCUACGUGGUAUCACUUCUUAAUUAUGGACGCGAGUGAUCCCAGCUGGAAGGAGAUUCGAUGAUGACAAUGCGACUUUCGCAUUUUGCAAUGGAAUACCCCGAGACCACUGGCUUAUCUGAGCUAAGAAGGGAAACUCUGGAGAUGUAUAGGCAUUCGGCUUGCAAUCUCAACUAAAGUAUCCUACUGGGGCCCAUUCUUCUGGGAAUGUCGAUGAUAAUCAAUCAAUUGCUGAAUCGAGGAGCAACGAAAUCUACUGCAAUUGUCUUGCAGAAUCUCAUGAUUUACUGUGCUGCACACGGUGACUCCGGGCUACCACGGACUGUCUAGUCUUUAUCUGUUAUAAAUAGGUAUUAUGCAGGUAUUAUGUGUAGUAGCCAGUAGCUUUCUUUUGCUUGAGAUACUUAAUUGCUGUCAAGGAUUGUUCCCCUCA